CCCGGGGCGGAGCGGGCCGGAGCCGCGGCUUCUUCAGCCCCCGCCGGCCGCGGCGUCGCCGUGAGAUGGCGGCGGGCGCUGGGCUGCUGAGGGCGCUGGGCCUCGCUGCCCUGCUGCUCCCCGCCGUGCCCCGGGGGCCGCCCGGCGGUGCGGAGCGCCGCUGCUUCUGCCAGGUUACUGGUCAUAUAGAUGAUUGCACCUGUGACGUAGAAACCAUUGAUGCCUUCAACAACUACAAGCUCUUCCCUAGACUGAACGAACUUCUGGAGAGUGACUAUUUUAGAUACUAUAAAGUAAACCUAAAGAAACCUUGUCCUUUUUGGAAUGACAACAGUCACUGUGGAAUAAGAGACUGUGCUGUAAAACCCUGCCCAACCGACGAAGUUCCUGAUGGAAUCAGAUCUGCAAGUUACAAGUACUCAGAAGAAGCCAAUAACCAUGCUGAAGAAUGUGAAGAGGCCAACAGACUUGGAGCUGUUGAUGAAUCUUUGAGCAAGGAAACCCAGCGGGCGAUGCUCCAGUGGACACGGCACGAUGACUCUUCAGACAGCUUCUGCGAAGCUGAUGACAUCCACUCUCCUGACGCAGAGUACGUGGAUUUACUCCUGAAUCCUGAGCGCUACACUGGCUACAAAGGACCAGAUGCCUGGAAGAUCUGGAACAGCAUUUAUGAAGAGAACUGUUUCAAGCCUCAGAAUGUAAAAAGACCUUUGGCACCUGGUAGAGGUGAGUCACGGCAUAUGUUUUACAAGUGGCUGAAAGGCGUCUGCAUAGAGAAACGUGCUUUCUACAAACUCAUUUCUGGUCUCCACGCAAGCAUCAACAUUCAUUUGAGCGCCAGGUACCUCUUACAAGAUACAUGGUCAGAGAAGAAAUGGGGCCCCAAUGUUACAGAGUUCCAGCAGAGAUUUGAUGAAGUCCUCACCAGAGGGGAAGGCCCCAGAAGACUCAAGAACCUGUAUUUUCUCUACCUGAUAGAGCUACGGGCUCUGUCCAAAGUGUUGCCAUUCUUUGAGCGCCCGGGUUUCCAGCUGUACACAGGGAACAAAAGUCACGAUGCAGAAAUCAAAAACCUGUUGCUGGAAAUUCUCCAUCUGGCCAAGUCUUUUCCACUGCAUUUUGAUGAAAACUCAUUCUUUGCAGGGAAUAAAAAGGAAGCUGCUAAGCUAAAGGAGGAAUUCAGGCUACACUUCAAGAAUAUUACCAGGAUAAUGGACUGUGUUGGCUGCUUCAAAUGUCGCCUCUGGGGGAAGUUGCAGACGCAAGGCUUGGGCACAGUGCUGAAGAUCCUGUUUUCUGAAAACCUGAUAGGAAAGAUACCUGAAAGCGGUCCCUCCUAUGGAUUCCGGCUGACAAGACAAGAAAUUGUUGCACUAUUUAAUGCUUUUGGAAGGGUUUCAACGAGCGUUAGAGAACUGGAAAACUUCAGGAACAUCUUAAGGAAUAUGCAAUGACUUCACUAGAGAAAGAGACUGAAAUUUUGUUGCUCAUGUUCUGGGUUCUGUAAAAAGAGACAAAUGCCAUAAUUCCAUUACACCCCUGACCGCUGCCAGGCGAAGACCACUCGCUGGGCCUCCUCUUCCAAAGUUGAUUGUCUGUAAGCUGCUGAUGCCAAAUCUUUUGUACAAAAAAAAAAAAAAGAUACUGUUUUGUAUAAGAGUGGGGACUACAUGUAAAGUUUAUUUUAUAUAUUGGGAGAUCAUUCUGAAUAAUUCCUUUAAAUAUUGCUGAAUAAAUCUGGGGAAAAUUC